AGCAAAUAUACCACAAAGAAAUCUUACUGUCAAAGGAAUAAAUAUCUGAAACAUCCACGUUUCUGCUGGCUACGUCUUGGCAAGGGGACUCAACAGGAAGAUGAAGACAAAGAGAUGCAGUAACCCACACCUGACCUUCCCUGUCAUGAUCAUCUUCUCCCUGUGGCUGCCAACAGGUGCAAACCACACAGGUCACCCUCACCACACAGAAGAAAUCUGGAGUCCCAUCAGCCAGAACCUCAGUGGGAACCAGAACAGGGCAGAAGCAAGCACAAAUUCUCCUCUGAGCCUCAAUUUCAGCAGCCAAACGACUACUUUUGAAAUGCAAAGUUCUCUGCCAUCCUUCUCCUCCACAACAGCCCAAAAUUCAACUUCCCCUACCCCAAGUGCAGUUUCCACCACAGGAGCAUUGGGGAAAAGCAGCAAACCCAAGAGCCCAACGACCAAAGAAACCUGUGAGGACAAUAAGUCUCUCAUACUGAUUUGCUUCAUUAUCAUUGCAGUUCUUGUGCUCAUCUGCACCUCCCUGUUUCUGUCCACAGUGGUCGUAGCCAACAAAAUCUCUUAUCUCAAGAGAGCCCAGCAGGGCAAACGCAGGCCCAGGAGCAAUGGUGACCUCCUGGCCACCAACAGCUUAUGGCCCACGGCAGCAGGAACGUGGCACAGGAUGCCCAAGGAGACAAGUGGAACCGAGCUGAUCAUGCAGGAGCUGGUAUCAGGGAGGGAUGCUGUGAACCAAAGGAAAUCCGAAGAUGAAACUACUGAGAAACUCACCAAAGCAGCAGAUAAUGAACAAGAAAGCAAAGAACCAUCCCAGUCACACAAACCCAUUUUAACCAAUUUUGUAGUUGAGAUUUAAUUCACACUCAUGUAAAAAAUCAUCCUUUGCCUUUGUUACACCAUUAAUGUAAGG